CGUAAUACGUGGUCACCGUGAGGCGGAGCCUAAGGAAGGUGAGCAGAGCGCCCAGACGUGGAAUCGACGACCGGCGGGUCGAGGUAAGUUCUGGAGCCUGGGAACUCCCAAGACCAAGGUGUCAGCAGAUUCAGUAUCCUUGAUGUACCUGCCUUCUCACUGGGUCCUAACUUGGUAGAGAGAGAGAGCUGUGGUGUGUUCCUCUAAGAAUUACUCCAGUCCCUUCAUCGGGGACCUCCUCUCAAGACCUCAUCUAAACCUAAUUGCCUCUCAAAACGCCCCACCUCCAGCUUUUCCUGCAUACGGUUUGCACUCUCUGUGAGUGGAAAUCCGGAGGAAGAGACGUGGUGGCCGAACCCUUGAUGAUGCAAGUGCAGAAACAACAGGAUUACCAUAGGGAGGAUUGAUGCAGUCAUCAUUGUUGUUAAGAAUGGAGAGCUCACUGCAGGAGAGAUCACUGUGGGGCCAUCCUUCGGACGAGCCAUCUCAGGAGCCCCUAACCGGACCGCAGGACCUGUCUGCCCUGAUACCUUAUAAAGAACAAGAAUCUGUGACCCUCAAAGAUAUAGCUGUAGACUUUACCCAGGAAGAGUGGGCCCUGAUGGACACAUCCCAGAGAACGCUGUACAGAGAUGUGAUGCUGGAGAACAUUAGUCAUCUGGUCUCUGUGGGGUGUCAUUUCUUCAGAUCAGAUGUGAUCUCCCCGUGGGAGCAAAGAGGGGAGCUGUGGAGGGAAGAAAGAGGACCGCCCCAAGGCUGGAGUCCAGGCAUGAAAAAAAGCCAUAACAAGCAAGAAAUAAUAUCUAUGCAAGAUAUCUACAUGAAGGACUCACCUAACUUCUGGACAAUACCGAAACGUCAUGCAGGAGAAGACCUCUCUGUAUAUAGUGGGUAUGAAGUUUUCAUUCACACCUACACAUUGACGCAACAUGUCUUAACUCACACUAGACAGAAACUCUAUAGAUGCAAUGAAUGUGGAAAACACUUCACCCGAAACGCCAACCUUCAUACCCAUAAAAUAAGUCACACAGGAGAGAAUCCAUUUGCUUGUAAUCAGUGUGGGAGGCGCUUCAGGUAUUUUUCAUCUUUAACUAGACAUAAGCGAAUUCAUACUGGAGAGAAGCCUUAUGAAUGUCAUCUAUGUGGAAAAGCCUUUGUUCGUAGUUCCCUUAAACAACAUCAGAGAAUUCACACUGGAGAGAAACCAUACACAUGUCCUCUAUGUGGAAAAGGCUUCGUUACAAGGUCUAAUCUUCGAGAACAUGAGAGAACUCACAGUGGAGAGAAACCAUACAAAUGUCAUCUAUGUGGAAAAGCUUUUGUUCAAAGCUCUUGUCUUAGAAAACAUGAGAGAACUCAUACUGGAGAGAAACCAUAUAAAUGUCAUCUCUGUGGAAAAUCCUUUGUUCAAAGUUCUUGUCUUAGAAAACACGAGAAAACUCACACUGGAGAGAAACCAUAUAAAUGUCAUCAGUGUGGAAAAGCCUUUGUUACAAGCUCUGAUCUUGGAAAACACGAGAAAACUCACACUGGAGGGGAAUCAUAUACAGGUUAUCUGUUUGGAAAAUCUUUUGUUCAAAGCUCUUGUCUUAGAAAACACGAGGAAACUCAGCCUGGUGAGAAACCAUGUACGUGUCACCAGUGUGGAGAAGCCUUUGUUACGAGCUCUGAUCUUAGAAAACAUGAGAAAACUCACAUUGGAGGGGAAUCCUAUACAUGUCAUCUAUGUGGAAAAGCCUGUGUUGAAUGCUCUUGUCUUAGAAAACACGAGAAAACUCUCCCUGAUGAGAAACCAUAUACAUGUCAUCAGUGUGGAAAAGCAUUUGUUACAAGCUCUAAUCUUAGAAAACAUGAGAAAACUCACACUGGAGAGAAACCAUAUACAUGUCAUCUUUGUGGAAAAGCCUUUACUCAAAGCUCUAAUCUUCGGGAACAUGAGAGAACUCACACCGGUGAGAAACCAUAUAUAUGUCAUCUAUGUGGAAAAGCCUUUGUUCAAAGCUCUUGUCUUAGAAAACAUGAGAAAACUCACACUGGGGAGAAACCAUAUACAUGUCACCUAUGUGGAAAAGGCUUUGUUACAAGAUCGAAUCUUCGACAACACGAGAGAAUUCACACUGGAGAGAAACCGUAUAAAUGUCACCUGUGUGGGAAAGCCUUUCUUCAAAGCUGUAAUCUUCGAGAACAUGAGAGAACUCACAGUGGAGAAAAACCAUAUACAUGUCAUCUAUGUGGAAAAGACUUUGUUCAAAGCUCUUAUCUUCGAGAACAUGAGAGAACGCACACUGGUGAGGAACCAUAUACAUGUCAUCUAUGUGGAAAAGCAUUUGUUACAAGCUCUAAUCUUAGAAAACAUGAGAAAACUCACACUGGUGAGAAACCAUUUACAUGUCGUCUAUGUGGAAAAGGCUUCGUUAUAAGGUCCAGUCUUCGAGAACAUGAAAGAAUACACACUGGGGAGAAACCAUAUGCCUGUCAUCUAUGUGGAAAAGCCUUUCUUCAAAACUCUUACCUCCGAGAACAUGAGAGAACUCACACCGGCGAGAAACCAUAUAAAUGUCUUCUAUGUGGAAAAGCCUUUGUUCGACGGUCUUGUCUUAAAAGACACGAGAAAACUCACACUGGAGAGAAACCAUAUACAUGUCAUCAGUGUGGAAAAGCCUUUGUUACAAGCUCUCAUCUUAGAAAACACGAGAAAACUCACACUGGCAAGAAACCAUAUAUAUGUCAUCUAUGUGGAAAAGGCUUUGUUACAAGGUCCGAUCUUCUAGAACAUGAAAGAAUUCACAUUGGAGAGAAACCAUAUGCAUGUCAUCUAUGUGGAAAAGCAUUUGUUACAAGCUCUGAUCUGAGAGACCAUGAGGGAACUCACACUGCAGAGAAACCAUAUACAUGUCUUCUAUGUGGAAAAGCCUUUGUUACAAACUCUGAUCUUAGAGACCAUGAGGGAACUCACUCUAAUUCUAGUGAAUGAACAUGGAAGUGCCUUCAGCCACAGCGCUAAUGUGAAACCAACCAGAGGACUCAGGUGGGGGAAGUUCCAUGGUCAUAUUCAUUAUGGAAAUGCCUUCAUUUUUAACUUCUCCUUACACAACAUGAGUGAACUGCAUUUGGAGGAACCUUAUAUUUACAAUCAAAGGGGAAGAGACAUUAGCUGGCCUCUGGUCAUAGGGUGCACAAGAAAAUCCAGUGAAUAACAGUCUAAUCUCCUUAAAUGGGAAAUGACACAAGAAAAUCUUUACAGAAAGAGGUCACUGUAGGAGAAUAACAAAAACUAAUGCUGGAGAAGUUAUUCAUUGUUACAUGCAUGGAAAAAAACUUGACUACUAGAAAAACCAUUGUAGGCAUGUGAAGUUUCACACUCUGUAUAAUAGUGAACGAAUGGCAGUCUAAAGUGAUUUUUAAUUCCUUAGUCAACAUGUAGUUUCUCACACUGUACAUAUAGCAUUGCUAAAAUCAGAUAAAAGGUUAGACUUUGCAUUAGAAAUCCCUGACUAGGAAAAACCUUUAUCAAGAAAGUCUUAACACACAAUUUAGAUAUUAAUUUAUAAUUUUGCCUAAUGGCCUAUUAUAAAAAUAUAAGAAAGGUAGGAUUGUGACAUCAUCUGGGAAUUCUAAAUUCAGAAUUUUGUAACUUUUUUUUUUUAGAAUAGUUCUUGGAACUGCAUAUGAAGCAAAGUUGUUGCUGAAAAAUCCAUUGUGUUGGUCAGGGCCUAUUUUUCAUGCAUCAAUAGUAGUUAUGAUGAUUGGAUUCAACUAGAAAGUGUCUUUGAAUAUUAACUGAAAAACAACACAAGAUGAUGCGUCAUGACUACAUAUUGUUAACCAUGUAUGUGGGUCGUAGUGAUGAACUAAAGAUUGUUACAUAGAUAA